GAUUUCUAUGGAUGGGCCUUAUGUAAAUUGGAAGAUCUUCGAUUUGUUUCAGACGAACUUAAAAAUCAAUUCGGCUGCCAAAUGUAGGUAGUUGUAGUCUUCAUGUUGUGAAUAACGGCUUUAAAAGAGGAUUUGUUGAGACACAAUGGCAUUUGGACGAUUUUUUGAGAAGCCUUCAUUGGCUAUUUAAAGAUGCUCCAGCAAGGAAAGAAGACUUUUUAGAAGCAUCAGAAAGUAAAUUGAUGCCUCUCAAAUUUUGUGGCCAUAGAUGGCUGGAGAAUGGACCAGCUGCACAAAGAGCUUUAGACAUUUUGGAUGACUUAAAACUAUACAUUUCUUCUGUUGAAAAGGGGAAAUUAAACAAACCCAGCAGCAAAUCUUAUUUGCUUGUAGUUGCUUCAUGCAGGGACAUAAUUCUUCCUGUGAAACUUAAUUUUUUUCUGUCAGUAAUUAGAAUUCUUCAGCCCUUUUUAACUUUAUAUCAGAAGGAUUGGCCGAUGCUACCUUUUCUGUCUGGGGACUUGAGAAAGAUGAUUUUAAAUUUAUUGGAUACUUUCAAAGUCUUAAAGAAUGAAUCUGUGACUGCAAUGAAAGAGCACUGCGACUUUGCUAAUUUUGAUUUCAGUAAUCAUAAAAGCAGCAUCAGCAAAGUUUCAAUUGGAUUUGUUGCAGGAAAUAUGCUGAAGAAACUGCUCGCACAGAAGCAGGUAACUGAUAAAGCUGGUCUGGACCUUCAGCAUGACUGUCAAAAAUGCAUUAUUGCCAUUGUGAAAAAAAUAGCAGAAAAAUCACCCCUAUCUAAUCAGUUAGUUCGAUGCCUUGCAUCCCUAGACCCCAGGAGGAUGUAUCACAGCAGUGAUAAAACAUAUAAGAAAAUGGCUAUCAUCUUGAAAGAAUUGGCUAGGUGUAGAAAAGUCAAUGAUGCGGAAUGCGAUACUAUUCUUUUGGAAUUUUUAAAUUCUGUUGGAGUAAGUGUUGAGUUUAGAGACUUCAACCAAACAACUCAACGACUGGAUGAGUUUUUGAAGAAACACAUGUGUGUCCAUGAGUAUUCCAAAGUGUGGAGUGUUGUCAAGAAACUUUUACUUCUCUCCCAUGGGCAGGCUACUGUAGAGAGAGGAUUUUCAAUCAACCGGUAGGUUGAAGUAGAUAAUUUGAAAGAAGAGACUUAUGUGGCAAAAAGGCUUGUGAAAGAUGCGUUGUUAUCCUGUGGGGGGGCAAAGGGAAUUGAUAUCACCAAAGAGAUGAAGAUUGCUGUCAGAGGUGCUAGGCAGAAGUACCGUCAUCACCUUGACCUUAAAGCAAAAGAGAGAGAGAUAGAAAGUAAAAAAAGACCCAACAAUGAUCAGGAGCUCCAAGAACUGCAGUCAAAAAAAAUUUGUCUGGAGAAGACUGUGACUGAACUUAGCAAAUCAGCUGACAGCUUGCUAGAAAAAGCUGAAACAACUGAAAACAUAUUGUUGGUGAAAAAGGCGAAUAGCUUCCGAAGGACAGUAAAAGAGAAGCAAUCCGAAAUUGAAACCAUAGAUGAAAGAAUUAGUGAAUUGACCGAAACCAAGAGGGAAAAAAAAAUUUGAAAGUUUUUAUAAAUAAUUUCUAUUAUAAAUAAUGUUAUAAUCAAUAAUUUAAGUGUAAU